AUGGCCAGCAAUUUCCGCCCCGGCCAUUGUCCUUCUUGCCAUACAAAAGCAACCCCGAAUGAAUACCCGGAUUGUUCAAAUGAUGUCGAAUUUUCUAGCAAUAUUCAAGAGCACGGCAAGAUAAACGAAAGAGGUUUUAGCGCACUUGCGCCAGCAGGGUUAGUCAUAGAUGCAGCCCUUUUUCGGGAACUUACCGAAACUACUGGAUCAUCCGCCCUCAGUCACAGCUGUGAAUCCUCUUAUAUCCGUAAGGAUGAUUGCAAGUCAACUACGCAGACCCCGAUCAGUGAGGUUCUCGAUCAACCUAGUGACGAGGAUUUUGAUCGAGAGAGUAGUGUCAUCGGCAUCAACCAAACCUGGGAUGACUUGUUGUUUGAUCUUAGUAUACACGGUCAAAGUUUGCCCAGUCGGGAUGUUGAAAAUGGCGAUGCCGUUGAGAGUGAAAGCAGCGCGAUUGACCUCGACGAUAUUAAGCCCGAACCCAGUCUACAACUUGAUUUCUCGUUGAGGCAAUUCGACGCAUUUCUAAAGGAUACCCCAUGCCUGACCAGAGAGGCGGGUUCGUUUGGAUACCCUUGCGUAACUGACGACACGUCAAUCACCAGUAUACGUCUCCAUCGCAUGAGAUGUCGCGAUAUCAUUUACCGAUGGAAGCAAAGAUCCGAGAUUACGUUCAAUACGAAUCACACCAGUUUUGGGUCAUGUCCUGAGUAUUUAACAAUGACUAAUGAAGCGCUAGACGCUGCAGUCCACAUGUGGAAUCAGGGACAGAUUGGCGUGCGGUUCAAGAGGGUCGAGGAUCACGAAGAAGCUGUCUUCCAACUCAUUUACUCACCAGGCGGCGGCGAUUUUCUAGCAACUGCGUUCUUUCCCAAUACACCGCCAAUUAAGCGACUGUUGGUAGUAUACGAACAGGCUUUCAUAGAGGUAAAUGGCCAGCAUGAUUUGAUGACCAAUCUGUUCUGCCACGAGCUGGGACACAUCUUAGGAUUGCGACACGAGCAUGCUCAAGUAAAGGAGGCAGCCGACCCGUCUGUUCAAUGGGGAGACAAGAAUCUCUCUUCCAUCAUGAAUGACGACUUGGAACUGGACGAGAUGUGUAUUCACGACAUGGACUAUGCGCAAGUGAAGGAGUUCUACAGGGCUUGCCCCGAUUACGGCGGCAAAUACGUCAUCAUGGAUGUGGAAGCGAAGCCUUGA